AUGACUGCUAGGAAUCUAAAUCUGUCGAAUACCUUCUGGUCAGAGGACUAUAUUACGGGGAUAGAUUGGUUUAUUCACAGAAUUGAGCUGGAUAUCAGUGAGCUUAAACGUCUUGCAGAUGUUUAUGACACAUUUCAUACAAGCUGGUCUUAUUCAACUAAACAACUGGCCAGCGUUGUAGAUACACUAUCUGCGGGCACUAAAAGCCCUAGUGUGAGCCAAAAUUAUAAGGACUCCGUUCGAGAUGCAGCCUCUGUGGUAUAUCAGAACCAUUUGAAGUUAAUAGGACAACUUGCUGAUAAGUUUAAGAGCUGCACACUUGUGCAGGCUGAGGAUCCAGUGAAAAAUGUCUUAUUUAAGUACGAGGAGUUCUAUAAAGACAUCAAAAGCAGUUUAAAACAGGACUAUAAUAAUUGGACCAAGCAGCAGGAUGUAGUGAAACGAGUUUAUUCCCAGAUAAAGAAAAAGGCUAAUAUCGCUGUCGCAGCCAAUGAGGAUACCAAGGCUAACAACAGUGGAAUAGUAACCGAGAAAAAUGCUGAUAAACGCUACCCUGUUGUUAUUGGGAGCUCUUUUGUCGUUGCAAACCAGAACGAAUGGUGCGAAUUUGUUGCGGAUUUACAGAAAGAGGUGCCAUUGUCGAAGAGGCCCUGGCCCAUACCUGGCUUACCAUCUGAAUAUUUCAGUACCGAUGCUCUCUACCAGACGCUUAAGCAGCUGUGCCCAAAAUUGGACUCUUCGUUGUAUAAUCUUGAACAGGUUGGUCAGUACCUGAUGGAUAACAACGUACUUCGUGGAUACAACGACGUGUUGCAUCGUCCUGGGAGCCGUUUUGCUGGCCAAGGGUUCUACUGCUGGGUUGUUCACGAUGCUACUCAACGACCAGCUAGUGCUAAUAUCCUCCAAGGGAUCUGGCGACGCGUCAGUUCCAACAGUUCAGAGGAAGAUAGCAGCCUUAAAGCACUCGAGUUGUCUCAGCUUAAUGAGCAAUUCAUCAAAAACUGGAUCCAAUGUGAGACUGAGAAGCUGAAGUUAGAAACUGCAUUCUAUAAAUCUGUCAAAAAGUAUGCACAUCUAUGCAAGGAAAAGCUACAGACUGUCAAAGAGGCAGACCACAAGAUGAUUGAGUCAUUCCGCCAAAACUGGGCCAUCGAAAAUCCUCCAUACGAGCUAGAUGUUGAAGAGGAACUUAACGAUGUAUUUGCGAAGAAUCACGGUACCGUUGGCUUCUACACCCCUCGACCCGCACUCCAGUUUGAAAUGUAUGAUAUUUACGGUACACUUGCUUCCCAACCUUGGUUGUUUGGUACCAACCUCAACAAAUACCCACACGAGGGCGACGAGAUACCAAUUGUACUCAGUAAAUUGCUUGCCAAGGCCUCCUCCUUUGAACCUGAAGAAAUCGCUAAGCAGUGGCUUUCACCACUGGACUCAAUCACUGUCUACAACAUGAAACGCGACUGCCUCAACGAGUACCUAAACUCCUCAGAACACGCUUCGGUCAUGGAAAAGCUAUUGCUGAAGUGGCAAUCACCAGCAAACAUAAUCCAUUUCCUUCGGGCAUGGCUUUUAGAACUGCCAGACAGUCUCGUACCUAUGCUACACUACCGUAAAAUUAAACAAGGUGACCAAGAAUGGCUUCCUCUAUGCCCACCCAUGAACGCACGGUGUCUCGGAACCAUUGCGGAACACUUUCAACUCCUUGAUGAAAAACAGUUGAUUACGCUUUUGAUAGAUCCGCCUGCUCAAGAUUUCCCUGUUUCACAUCACUUCAUCCGCUCCCGCGUACGGGAACCAACAGAUUGCUUGGUUUUUAACAACGUGUUAUUCCAUUGUUUUAAAGACCCAAACUUCCCCCAGAAGUGUAGGAGCUUGGCGCUCCCACCUGUUAGCCCAAGACCUGAUCGGAAAUCUCACAGUAUCAUUACUAUAUCAGAUAGCCAAGAAUUCGUGCCAAAACCGUUCAAGACAAGCAGUAGCGAAUCCUCGCCAACACGUUCAAAGCCAAAAAAUGGCCUCUACAUACUUCAGUCACCAAGUGAGCAUAAUAGUGAUUAA